AUUCCAUGUCACAAGUCUUUAAGAAAAUACAAUACUAUACAACUUAGGUAUCCUAACUUUGCUUUGCAACCAAACUUUGCAUAGUUAUAAAACCUACAGCAAGUUAUAAUAACCCUUCAUAAUGAUCUGAAUAACCAUAAGUACAUCCUGGAUAAUGAUUAUCCAUUAGAUAUUGUAUGUGAAAGAAAUUGUUAGGUACACCGCAACCCUCUUGGCUAGCUAGCUAGCUACAAAAGAGUAUUGACUUUCGUUUUAUACCCAGCUCCGGAAUGUAUUUUUCCAAACAGAAACAACUCAAACAUUGUACCAUGGCUAUAGCAACCGCGCAUAGCCCCAAUAAACAAACCAAUAAAAAAAAAUUAAAAACCAAGAAAAAUGUAAAACUGUGUUAGGAAAGUCUUUUUCCUGCUCAACCAACUCGACCAACACAACUCUAGAGCUCUAGUUUAAACCUUUUAUUUAUUAAUUUUAAUUCAAUUUAAAUAAACCAAAAAAGUGUUUGUGUGUAUUUCCAAGAAGACCCUCUCUUUCCCACCAAAAAAGUUUCAGUGUGCAAUCAUGCAAAAGGCGUUAUGAAACCUCCAUCAGCUUUAAUGACCGAUUCACGUAAAUGUCUAUUUCGAAGCUGCGUGGCAAAUCAGCCCUUGGACGUUCAACAACCACAACUAGCCAUAGCACAACUUUAGCCAAUAACAACAACAACAACAACCUUAGCAACAACAAUAACAAUAGUAACAAUAAACUAACUAAAUCCUCCUACAUACCUCAGACGUCACUGCUGAAAAUCGAACCGUUUGUUCCUAGUCUCAAUGCGAGACUCCGUCGACCAAUUCACAGAUCCUACAGCACCCUUAGUUCUAGUUACUUUAAGAAACUCACCAAUCAACAAAAUCAUCAUCGUUUGAAUGGACCAAAUGUUGAUGCUUUGAAAGCACGAGGUAAAGAAGUCACAUCAUUCCAAAGACAAAGAUCAAAGUCUUCUGGUUCAACAUCAUCGUCAGUGGCGAAUCCAUUAGCGACAUCUACUGUCGUUACCCAACAACCAAAUGGAGUUUGUCGAAUUGUACGAAGUCCCAAGGAGCAGGAGAAACUCCCGGACCGAAUUAACUACGACCGUCGUGGAUUGGGAGCCAUUCCAAUUUUCGAAAACGAACCGAAUCUCAGGUUACUCUCUUUGCAGCAUAAUCUAAUAAACGUUUUCCAUAUUCCACAGCAAGGUGGCGCCACUGAUAAGCAGACUCAUCAGUCUGAUGAUGAAGCAGCAAAGCAGUUGGAGAAAGAUGCAACUACUAAUAAUAUCUCAAAGGCCAAAUUAUUGAAUAGCACUCGAAAUUCCAUCAACAAGAGGUCUCCAUCGCCUAUGGUCACUGUCGGACCUCCUAACUCCCUCCAGACCCGAUUUAGUCCGUCCCUAGGGAAUGAGGGGAGUAAAUCUAGUCGACUUAUCAUCAAAAACUCUAUAAUCUUGAAUACCUCUUCGAAUACUAUUAACACCAUGAAGAAAUCCAAGAGUUUCAUCUCAAAUUACUCGAAGCACCUUUCAAGCUUGAAGAAAAACCUUCAUUCGAAAUGCUCCAUGGUUCGAGUGAUGGAUAGCAGCAUUCGUCAAUCACCGGGUUCUCUCGAUGUGAGUCCUUGUGAAAGUCCCGUAGAUGUUCUCAAUGUCAAGAACAAUCAACUGCUAACUUCAUACGGAGAGAUAUUCCAGAACUUGGUGUUUCUUGACCUCUAUGACAACCAAAUCGAGAAGAUCUCAAACCUAGAUGGAUUGACCAAUCUUACAGUUUUACUUUUGGGCAAAAACCGUAUCAGUGACAUGACGGGUUUGGCAUCUCUAAAAAACACCCUUCGAGUCCUUGAUUUGCAUGGCAACCGAAUAAUUUCUAUUGGAAACAAAAUAAAUUGCCUGCAAGAAUUGAAAUCUUUGAACCUAGCUGGAAACCAAAUCCGACAGAUAAACCAAAAUGACUUCAUGGGCUUAAUGAACCUCCGCGAAUUGAACUUAAAACGGAACAAGAUUAAACGAGUAAAUGGUUUCAAUCACUUGACAAGCCUUGAGCGCCUGUGGUUAUGCCACAACGAUUUGCACAAAGUCGAGGAUAUGUCGUCCAUAGCCAAAGCUAUAAACCUUCUCGAAGUGACCAUCGAGAAUAAUCCAGUAUCGCUAGCUGGCGAUUGUGUGUCGUUUUUGGUGAGUUACCUACCUAAGCUGCAAAUGCUCAGCCAAAUGCCUAUAACUGAGCAAGUACGUCGCGCCGCCAUGGCUUGGCGUCGGAAUAAGGAACUCUCAGACAGUAACUAUUCAACCUUAUCGUCGGAUGUUUUCAGUAGCAUUCGAAGGGAGGAGGUGAUUUCAAAUGCACGAACCAACUGGGAAUUGCUUCGGUCACAGCAGACCCUUCAUAAGAAUUCGUCAUCGGCGGCCGCUUCGGUGGUAGUGGUAAAUUCUAUCCCGGAAGUAGUGCCACCAUCAUCACAAGAGACUGUCUCUUCCAGUCCGAUUGUGGCGGAAAUUCAACAGGAAGCUGUCAAACUUCCACCUAUUCAGGGUCAAAACCAAAAUCAAAAUCCUUUCGGAUCGAAUGCUCCAUCGGAAAAAACACACUCGUCUGCUUCCAGUUUGGGGCCGAACGUUGACUCAUCCUCGAGUUAUUUUAGUUCAGACAAUGAAGACCGUGACAUGUCAACACGUCCUAAAGAAAAACGCCAUCGUGACAAGGCUCGUGAGGAUUCAAAAGGAAUUCAUCCAACAGAGAACAAAGAAACAAACGAGAAUGGCAGCGAGCCUGCAGGACACGAAGAGGCGGUGGUGGAGGAAACAAUAGAUUCAGCGAUGAUGUUGGGAGUAGAUUCCACACCCACCAAUGUCGCUACCACAGUCAUUCAAAAUCCUUCUGUAACAAUUGUGUCACAAUCGACUGCAACCACUAUUAACAACGGUAGCAGCGCAAUGAAUCUGGAGAAAUCAUCAUCGUCGUCAUUGCCAACUGGAACGGCAGUAUCUGCAACAGUAGCAGGGGUAGCUCCAUCUAAGUCACAACAUCAACAACAACAUAGAAAUCCAACGAUGAGCCUAGCGAUUAAUGGCAACAAUAAUCCUGGCAUCACAUCGAAUCCAAAUGUCACAACAAAACGUUACAUGCAUGGCAGCCUAAUGAGAUCCCAAACAACAAAGCCUGCCUCUUCUGUUGUUGCUGGUAGUGCCAUCGCCACCGCCACCUCCGCUGUUGCUGGUGCUGCCGCCAAUCGAGCAUCAGCACAACUAAGCCACCACAAUUCGACCGCAAAUAAUGGAGUUGCAACCUCUGGGUCGGGUAAUGGCCUCGGGAACGGAGGCACUGGCGGUGGUUCUUCUUCGAAUAACAACAGCACAGCAGCUGGUGGCGUGACUUCGUCGUCGUCCUGCAACAAUGGAGCCUCCAAUACUGCCGCCGCAAAUAAAACAUCGACAACUAUUUCUGCCUCUAGUGCUACAGCCUCAACAACCGCCACUAUUGGGACCACCACAACUAAGCAGGUAGUGGAACGGGAACGCGAACAGGGUGGAGAUUAUUUGAUAGAGAUUUGCGGCCGUUAUCUCAACGUAUACGGUACGGGAGCGUUACGCUUUAUUGACAAGCAAUGGAGCGCCCAGAAGGCUGGCGAUGUGCAUACGCUUAAUUUUAGCUACAUCAACUUCAAUAGCAUCACAGCGGUGCUGGGAAGGGUCAAAGCUCGGUUUCCGCAUGCGGAGCACUUUGUUUUUCGCGAAACGAAUAUCUCGUGCUUGGGCCAAUUGAAUGCAAUGGCCGAACUACAAGGCAUCACCUCGCUGACCAUUGAUUCAGAGGGGAAUCCUAUUUGCGGCAAAGACUGGCGGCUCUAUGCCGUCUAUCGAUUGUCGCACUGGGGCCUAAAGACUAUCAAUGGACAGGAAGUUAGCGAGGACGAGAUGAACGCUGCUCAGCAGGUGUAUGUUGGCCUAUCGGAUUUGGUGCUGUGGUCGAUGCCAGAUGGUAUGUUGCAGCCUUUGUUGGGACGCCUCAGGCUCGAGGAGAAUUGUUCGUCGAGCAAAUUGACGCCUAAAGAAUGGUUACUAAAAGCCGACAAUGCUUUGAAAGUGGUGGUGGGUAAGGAGGCUCUGCAAUGGAAGAAAACCGCGAGUGGGGACUUUGAAAAUACCACGACUAGGGAGCGUGGCCGUAUGCAUUUUUCUCUGAUGAUUGAGAAUACGUGUAAUGCUGUGGAGAAACUUAAUCUGUUGGAGGAGUUGUGGCCCAGUUUAUUGUUGGAUAUUGUUAGAAACACUUUAUUAGAUUACUCACAGCUGGAUGUUUAUUUGAAGAAUUUGAUGUCGGAAAUAAUGAAGUGAGAAUUAUUAUUGUAUCGGGGUUUGUGUUGGUAAUGGAUAAAAAGAUUGCGGAGA